AUGCGCCGCGUCUUCUCGUGCCUCCCCCCUUCGUCCGUGAAGAGCAGGACGCCUUCAGUUGCAUCGAGGUCGUGCUCUUGUGUGUCAACCUCUUUCAACAUCCGCACUACAGAUCAUUUUAGAAGAAUGACUUCGUCUUCCACAACCUCGAAAGGAGCUUCACUUCGGCCGCGGUCGCUCGCCCCGCUCUGGCUCGUCGCAGACAUGGACGACACGCUCGUGGCGAAGAGGUCCCGCGACCUGAAGCAGUCCCCCUGCUACGAGUGGCUGCUGUACUGGAUGCGCGAUUUGAACCACCCACUCCUGAUCGUCACGUCGGACGACGGCUACCGGCCGUUUCGCCUCUGCUGGGACCAAUUUCCGGAGGACGUGCGCAAGAAUUUGUUCCUGAGCACGGCGGAAGGCGCAAGUCUCUGGACGCAUAGAACGAACGCAGAUUUGAUAUUUUCACAACUUCAUGGCAAAAAUAUUACAAGUUCGGAUCGGCAAGAACAACUUCGCGAUCCUACCUACACCUUCCAGCCCUGGUGGCUGCGAGAUCAGUCAGAAAACAGCUCCACUAGAAGGACAAGCUCCGAUCACCGGCCGGCGGAAGACCUUCCGGUCCGGGUUCCCUUCUACCCGGAGCAGUGUCUUCCGAAGGAAAAAGCGUUUGCGUUGGCGAAAAAAAUUUGGAAACGGUUUGCCGCGACGGUGGAUGUUGAAAGCGCGGAACAUCUACCGGACUCAGAAACGGAUACCCAGAAGCUAAAACAUUGUUUUCGACGGUACCAAGCAGAUCAAGCCACCUCUGCCGCAGCUGCACAGGAUAGCAGCAACAGUUCAGCUCCAACCACGGCCGUAGCAGACGACGCCUUCUUCCUGGAGUCCGGAAAGUUUCUCCCGCGCGGUCCGCUGCUUUGGAUCAACCAGGCGGGGCCGAUUGAGUACUGGGAAGCGGACCCGGUUUCUGAAAAAGCGAGAUGGAGCAACAUGUUUCUCAUGGGCUGUCCCCGCCCCUGGAACCAAACUGUCGUCAACGAGAUUUGUGAAGUAGAUCAAGAUAGGCAGGUUGAAACGGAAAAGGAAGUCGAAGGCAAAGUAGGGACAGACUUGCUUUGUUCUAAUAAAGACACGACAUCAAUCCGCGUCUCCGGUGCGCCACGGUCUGUGUGUUUCAGUUCCAAGAAAACCGAGAAAUCCUGCCCACUGGAGUGGUUGAUGGGACCACGUGCGGGCUCAUGUACAAUUUCGGCAGGGAGCGGCCUGGAGGUGUCGGACGGGGGCAGGAGCGGUGGUCAUUUUUCAAAUUUGAUCCGGUCCGCGGUCAUUUUUGGGGACCAGCCUUAUGGAAACGACGCGAGCUUGCGAAAAUUCGCGAUCGAAAACGAAACAGUUGCGAGCUUCCACAGUGUGAAAGAUGAGUAUGAAACGGCAGCGAUUCUGGAGCAACUUGUGAGAAGGGUUAGUGGAUCUGGUGAGAGAGUCGUCAUGAAUGACAGUACUACACCAGAACGCGAUUUUUCGAUGACGAAAGACAAUUAUGUUGAAGCAGCAGACUCACCUGUAGAAAUAAAGAUUGAAAAAAAGCACAGCCACACUUUCGAUCAUUCAGCUUGGCGCAGUGCUAUUGCUAGACACUUGGAACAAAAAUCAGGCGGAAAUAAACAAGCAAAAAUAUUUUGUUGCCG